AACGAACAACGACAAAAAAAGGUUGAAAGUGAAUUGAUUCACGCUGUAGAAUGACAACACAUAUCUAUCUCUUUGAUUUUACGACACCUCAAUCAAAUCUGUUACGUUGCGUUCGUCAUCUCUGUAUAUAAAAGAAAAAUUUUUUGCCAAAGAAGUGUGUAUUCAUUAUCGAUUGUAGUUGUACGCUUUUUUUUACUUUUGCAUAUCUAUUAAACGCAUUGACGCACAUACAUUGAAAAUAUAAUAGUUUUGAUCAAAAUUACAAAUGAUGGAAGAAUAAAUCACAAAACAAAAGUCACAAAACAUAAAAUUAGUGUGCCAAAUCGAGGCGAACAUGCACAACGAAUCAAACAACAAUUGAUCAUUCAAUAGUAAUUAAUAUCGUAACGUUGAUAAAUCAAUUGAAUAUCAAAUAAAUUGCAAAAUUCACAACAUAAAUCAAAUUUGUACACGAUGGGCUUGGAGGCUAUAGAAACGGAGUGGAACGAGUUGUCCAAUGAAUUUGCCGCGUUAGAAGAAACGAGUAAUGAAUAUGGAGAAUUGCUAGAGAAACUAGAAUCAUUACAACAAAAAUGCAUGAAGGACAUUUCCCAUCAACGUUAUCGCAUUAGCCAAAUUAGUAGCAAUCUGAAAAAAUAUGUGAGCAGCAAUGUGACUACAUCGGAUGAAAAAGAUCAAGUGGCUGACCUUGAGAAAAACAUUAUAAAACGAAAAGCACAACUAUAUGACAUUGACCAAACACUUCCACAAAAGAACGGAACAUAUUUAAAUAUCAUACUGGGCAAUGUGAACGUGUCAAUAUUGAAUCGAAAGAGUAAAUAUCAGUAUAAGGACGAUUAUGAGAAAUUCAAAUUGAUUUUGAAUGGAAUCGGGCUGUUCAUGGCAAUCCUAAAUUUAUCACACAAUAGCAGAAUACUCGAAUUAGCGUUUAUAUUUCUCCUCGUUUGGUACUAUUGCACACUCACCAUUCGCGAGUCCAUUUUAAAAGUGAACGGUUCACGUAUCAAGGGCUGGUGGCGUACACAUCAUUUUAUAUCGACGGCAUGUGCUGGUGUUUUAUUGAUUUGGCCACAAGGCGAACCAUGGCAGCUAUUUCGUCAUCAAUUUAUGUAUUUCAAUGCAUACAUUUCGAUGGUUCAAUUUUUGCAAUUUCGUUACCAAAGAGGCGUUUUGUAUCGGCUUAAGGCGCUCGGCGAACGUCAUGACAUGGACAUCACCAUUGAAGGUUUCCACUCGUGGAUGUGGCGUGGACUUUCAUUUUUGUUACCAUUCCUGUUUGCUGGAUACGUUUUUCAAGCAUACAAUUCAUAUGCGCUGUACAAAUUGAGCUCACAUCCAGACGCACCGUGGCAAGUCAGCGUAUUGAGUUUACUAUUUUUCAUUUUAUUUGUCGGCAACUUUUGCACCACAUUGUCGGUUAUACCGGAGAAAAUUCGCACACGAGUUAAAGAACAUUAUCGUUUAUGUGCGAUUGCCAAACUUAAAGAGAAGGAGGGUUAACUUUUUCAACAAACGAUCAGCAUAUUGUGUUAGACCGUUAAAACCGGCGCUGUCCAAUUUAUUUAUUCAAUGGAAAAAAUCAACUUCCAUACAUCUUUCCUUCAAAACUUGUUUUUAUAUAAAUGUAUUUCUAAAAAUAGUAUGCUGUCGUGUAUAAUCAAUGAAACUGUUCUUUUUUGUAUGACGAAUGAUUCAACAUUGGGAAAUGUUAUUUGUAUGCACAAAACCUAGGGUACUAGACAAAUGUUAUAAUAGAGAGAACCAUGUUUUUUUUAAAUUGUAUUUGUCUAUGAUAUAUUACCUCUUUGUAAAUUAUGGCAACUAAUUAAUUCAGUGUUUUUAUCUAUUUGGUAAUAUUAUACACAAAGAGAGAACGUAUUUUCAAGAACCACCAACGAAAUGUGAUGAUAAAUUCAACAGAACAGAGAAGACUAAUGGACGACGAAUCAGUUCUUUUUCUUCGAAAAGGAGCAAACUUAUCAGACAUAGGAAAGAAUGGCAUUGUUUACCAAAAUUAAAAAACAAAAAAAAACAACUAAUGAAACCAAUAAACUAGCGUAAAUUUUU